AUGCCCUGCUCCCUGCGCGCCAUUCUCUUCCGGGACCUGGUCCUGGGCGUGCUGGGCGUCUCCGCCUUCCUCGUCCACCUGGGCGCCGACCUGUGGGCGGUGAGCCAGUACGUGCUCAGCGGCCGCUACCUGUGGGCCGCGCUGGUGCUGUCGCUGCUGGGCGUCGCGUCUGUGGCGCUUCAGGUCUUCAGCUGGAUCUGGCUGCGCGCCGACCCCGCCGGCCUGCACGCCGCUCCGCGCUCCGUGCGCUGCCUGGCGCUGCUGCACCUCCUGCAGCUGGGCUUCCUGUACCGGUGCGUGCAGGGGCUGCAGCAGGGGCUGCUGGUGUGGCAGCAGGAGGCGCCCUCCCAGUUCGACUUGGCCUACGCCGACUUCCUGUCCCUGGACAUCAGCAUGCUGCGGCUCUUCGAGACCUUCCUGGAGAGGACACCGCAGCUCACGCUGGUGCUGGCCAUCGUGCUGCAGAGCGGCCGGGCCGAGUACUACCAGUGGGCUGGCAUCUGCACGGCCUUCCUGGGGAUCUCGUGGGCCCUGCUGGACUACCACCGGGCCCUGCGCACCUGCCUCCCAGCCAAGCCGGUCCUGGGGCUGGGCUCCUCUGUGAUCUACUUCCUGUGGAACCUGCUGCUGCUGUGGCCCCGCGUCCUGGCCGUGGCCCUGUUCUCGGCUCUCUUCCCCCGCUACGUGGCUCUGCACUUCCUGGGCCUGUGGCUGGUGCUGCUGUUCUGGGUCUGGUUGCAGGGCACCGAUUUCAUGCCAGACCCCCACUCCGAGUGGCUCUACCGGGCCACGGUGGCCACCAUCCUCUACUUCUCCUGGUUCAACGUGGCCGAGGGCCACACUUGCGGCCGCGCCACCAUCCACCUGGCGUUCCUCCUGAGCGACAGCGCGCUCCUGGCGGCCACCUGGGUGACGCAGGGCGCCUGGCUGCCCGGCGGGGUCCCGCUGCAGGUGCUGCUGCCCGUGGGCGGCCUCAGCUUCCUUCUGGGUCUGGCACUUCGGCUCGUCUACUACCGCUGGCUGCACCCCAGCUACCCCUGGGAGCCUGACCAGGUGGACGGGACCCCCGCCCCCCGCUCCCUCCAGUACUACGAGCUGCCCAAGAACAGGCGCAUGGACCAUUUGGCUCGGAAUUUUUUCCCCCAAGGCGAUGAGGCCGCUGUGCCGUGGCCGGGGGAGGUAAACGGGGUCCUCUGA